GUCUCACCCGGCGCUAAGUACGUGCAGGCUUCUUUCUGUCAAGCUUGCGCACGGGCCAUGAGGCUGUGCAGAAACACGCCGAUCACGCUCAACAACCACACCUUUACGGAGCGUAAGCCUCAUGUUCUUGCGCAGUGGUUGCCGGCCGUCGUCGUAUGUGCUCAAGUAGCCCCACGGCUGAGGUUCGGACGGCCAACUCUCAGUCUCAUCGCAUCGGAAGCCGUGCACGAUCUUGACGCUCUCUCGCAAGGCCUUGGGGAUAGGUCUCGAGCUGGUCGUCGUGACCUUCAUUCUCUCAUCUGUCCUGUCGUCGCAAUUCCCAUCAUCCCAGUGCAGGGAUCUCGAGGAGACAUUGGCACCGAGGAGUUUUUGGAGUCUACAGUUGAGAAGGGGCUGCUACACGACCCUCAUUAUAUUGCCCAAGCUCGACAAGCACUAGCGAGUGUGCAGGUCCAAGCCACCGGCCUCAGGCUGUGUUCUCAUUGCGCACCGACGAUGGCCCAGCAGGUCAAGGCGAUGAUCUGUGGCUUAUUGUACAACAUCUACCGUCUACAUCAGCGAGUGGUCGUUCUACGUGCUGACAUGGCCUGUCGAUGUGUCGGAGGACGGUAUCGGAGGAGCGAAAGUCCUUGAGGGGCGGUGAUCACAACUUGCCGCGGGAAAAGAUCCGUUAUAUCUGAAGGCCUUAGGUAUCAAGUUUGACAUCCUGGUGCUCCACCUCGAAUGUCUAUGUUCGCUUCAAACAGAUUACAUUCCCUCGCAUUCAUAUGCAUGUUGCGGUCCAAGCAAUCACCGAAGUAUCGCGGCUCGUAUUUGCCAGUGCGCUCCGCAGAGCGGGCGUAUGUGAACUUAAAUCCAUGGG